AUCCCACUUGUCCAAUCUCUUCUGUAACACAGUACUCAAACUGAACAUAGUCACACCAUGGAGAUCCACACUUCUCUAUAUGGCGUGGGCCUUCUCUUCUUCUUUUCCCUGGAGUUUUACCAUGCCGUGGCGCACACCAUGAUUAUGGGUGGAUUCCGCACCCUGCCUCGGAAGGAUCUGGUUCGAAUCCGUAUGUACUUCCUGGUGGACGCCCUGAGUGUGUUUGUGUCUUCGUUCCUGCUGACGGGCAGCUACAAGUGGCUGGCUGUGAUACAGAUCAUACAACACAUGUUCUACUUCAUCACUUGGGACAAGUCUUACAUGGCCAAGAAGAUCAUCGACUGGAGCUGCCUGGACUGGUUCAAGAGCGAGAAGAAGAAGGACAUUCAGCUAGACUCCACCCUGGGCACACUCUUCGACAUCGUGGUGCACGUGGUCAUGAUGUACGCCAUCGGCCAGCAGCUGAGUGGACUGCAGAUCUUCAUCGCCAUGCUGAUCGCUCAGGCUGCUCUCUACGCUGUUAUAUUCAACCCCAAGUUCGCCUGGAGCAGCCCGAGUAGUAUGCCUGCCUGGGUGCAGCGGAGGUUGGGGAAGCUGGCACUAGAGGAUUGAACUGUGGGGUUUGUUGUACGCAAGGGGUGAGAAGAAGGAUUGGGGGGGGGGGUGUGAAGACAAAAGAAGACAACUUUAAUAAUGCCCUGUUUUAAGGUUUGUUUUGAUUUACAGGGACUUGCGUAACAACGCAUUUACCACUGUAUGUGUGAAGGUUUGAUGCACAGUGAAAAAGUUUUGAAACUGGCUUCUCCAAAUGUAGCUUUCAGCAGAAUCCUAUAGCUACAGUACCUAAGGUGAAGGAAAAUGUACUAUUCAUGACUGGGUUGCUUUAUCAUAAACACUUCGAUGACAUUUUCAUCGUGUGGCCAGAAAAUGUCCACUUUAAAGGAACUUUUUGUCCCCAGCAUGUCCUUCUAUCAGUAGGAUAGGCUUGCAGUCAUUUCCUUGAGCUUAUGCCCCUUUUGCGCUUUCUUUUUUAUGUGUGUGAAUGUGUGAGCAUAUGUGUGUGUGUGUGUGUGUUAGUAUGUGUGCUGUGUGAGAGAGAGAGAGAGAGAGAGAGGAGUUUGGGCUUGAGAUAUAAGGGGGUUGGGUGUACAGAGCUGAAAGGCAGGGGGGUGAAAAAGAAAGUAGCAGGAAGUAUUCCCAGAUUAUGAUGUGGAUGCACUGCAUUAUGUUGCAGGAUGGAUGUAUCUUGAAGAAAGGCUUUACAAGCCAUUUUUGGCAAAACAUAAAUACACACCAAUAAUGCAGGCUUCCACCAAAUGUCAAAUACCUCUAGACAUUCAUGAUACACUGUCUCACACUCAUACACUCGGUCCUGUGAAUGUAUGAAGAUUGCGGAGGGGAAAAAGGUUUAAUAGUUUUUAAAAAACCUUUUCUUUUUUUUUUUUUUUAACUAACAAAUGAAGUUUGUUGUCUUGUAUUGAGUGAGUUAAUAUUGACUGCAACCAUAAUUCAACUUGAAAGUCCAGAUGCAUUUGGCAAGUUUUUGUGAGGAAAUCUCUCUUCUAUUUCUUCCUCAUAAAUCUAUUAUUAACGAGUAACAACCAGAGUCUGUGUUAACAGAAAGAUUUUACAUUUCAGUAUAUUGUAGAUGUGUGUGUGUGUGUGUGUGUGUUUUCAUAAUCAUGACAGACUUGAAAAGAGGCUGUUUUCUCUUUUGAAAUGUCCAUGACAUUCUGUGUAACUUAUAAAUGAUUAUGACACAACAUACUUUUUUGACUGACAUUCGAUUCUCCCUUUACUGGUUGAAGAAGUAAAGCAUUAUAUCUGACAAACAUAGAGUGUAGCAGGUAUAACACAAUUUUUAAAACAUUGUUCCUUACGGGGAACCAUUCACGUUUUUAAAAACAUUUUUAAAAAGUAAGUUAUAACAUCAUAGGAGGUGGACAUUUCGAAGAUGGAGUACUUGUGUAGACCGUCGAAGACAUGGGGCUGAAAGUAACAACAUUCCUGGAAGAGUGGGGAAAAUUUUAACCUCAUUUGGAUCUGAACCUCCAACCCCUGCAUACUGGCCAAUUUUAUCCACUAACCUUACCUUAGGUUUAUUGCUGAUGACUUUUUCUAGUUGGAAAACUCCAAGACUCCAAUAGCUGUAGUUUUGUGUUCUAAGAAUACGAUUUUUGGACUUCCACUUUUUUCCACCUUCUUUUAAUUUUUUGUACCGGUGUAACAAAUAGCUGUCACAUGAAUUGACUAAAAUCUUUGUAUAUAAGUAGCCUACAAGUGUGUAUGUUUGUAUGUGUGUGGUGUGUCGAGAUGAAGCUUUAGGAAGAUGAGUUACCGUGUUCAAGGUAUAGAAUUUUAUGCAGUAACACUACAGACUUGGUUAAAGUGUUGUUCAAGUAACAGGAAGUCUACGUUAUUUAAAUACUGAAAUCGACUAGUCAAGUAUGACACAAUUUGAAGAACUUCCUUUGAAUCAAUGAUUUUUUCCUGCAAGUAAAGAAUGUGUUCAGUGUUUUCCAUUCAAGAGUUCAAGACUGCUUUUACAAUAGUAUGAUAGUACAUAUAUUAGAUAACAGUCUGAAUUUUUUUAGGAGACAAGUAGGCCUAUUAACUCUGUCUUUUUAUUCCUUGAGAUUGCAGGUUUUCAAGAAGUGAACUGUUUUAGUCAUUAUUAUAAGCGGUAACUUUUUAGCUUUAGUCGGUUUAUUUCCCUUUGCCUGUCAUAUUUUGAACUUGUUUCUUCAUGUCUGAGGACUGAAGCUCUUAAACAAAUUACUAGAGACGGACAAGUGAGUAUGUGUUAAAAGUUGUGCAAUUCAAGUUGGUUUAUUUUUGUACGGGAUCAAACUAUAGCAUCUGUGAUCAAAGACUAUAGAUAACCAGGCGGUUUUGUUUGUAAAAAUAAAAUAAAGACUUACAAUGACAGAAAGAAGAUUUUGUGUAAAUAUGUACUUAUUUAUCCCAGUUUUGAAUGAAGCUCACAUUGAGGCUUGUAAUUUUGUUAUUGUAAAAAAAACAAGAGAAUCUGGAAACCUUCAAACAGACAGAUUAACUGUUUUGUGAAAACAAGUACAAAAUAUUGGGAAGAAAAGUUUACUCCCCAAAAUCUGCUUGGUAUUUGGAAUUUGUCAGAAUUUGCCUAUUUGGACGGUUUUCAGAUUCACUAUUUUCUGAAAGGAAAGAAAAUUUGUAAAAUUGAGUUUUUUAUUAUGAAUUUUCUAACUUGACUGUUUGCUGAGAUGCUAAGUAUUACUUCACUGAAUAAAAUUUUGCGUUCCAGAAAUGACA